AAAAAAAGAGAACCCAGAUCUAGGUCCUUGAAAACACAAGAGCCUAGAUCUUAAGAAACUUGAAGCUUCUUUCUAAAAGUAUCACCGUCUUCCUCGUUGUUGAUGCUGUGAGAGGAGGCUCUGUUUAUCUCGUGUUCCUCUCCACCGUCUCUUUCGCUUUUCUUUCCACUUACACUUGAAAUCGUACUAUUUGGAGAUGAGACUCUUGCUUCCUCCUCGAAAUCUAUCGUCAACGACAAUCUGUUCACAACGAUUCCUCAUAGAAAGGACUUCAUCUCUAGCCAGCUAGAUUCUGAGUUGAGAUCUGCAUGCAAAAGCCAAAAAACAGAAAAAAAGAAAAAAAAAAAAAAAGAAAAGAGAACUUUAGCAUGUGAACAACAGAAAAGCUCAAUGUAAUCAAUCUUAAAAGCACUAAUUGAAGAAGAGAAAAUGGGUAGCCUCUUCUAAUUUCUUUUCCUUUUCUUAGAUCUUUAAUUCUCACUAAAUCUCAAAUUCCAGGGCCUUUCGAGCUUUUUCCUUGGAGUUCGGAUCCAUGCUGCGUCUUGCCACCAAGUCACCACUAGAUGCACCUCUCCUCCAAAUCUCACUUCCCAAACGAACCUCUUCGAUCCCACCUAGAACACUGAAUAAGAAGAUCCCAUCAUCAUCUCCCUGCCAAUCUAAACCUUCUCCUGCUUGCUCCGCUAAGAAGCCCUCUCCUGAUUCCCCCAAUUUUGAACUAUGGAAAAGAGGAGGAACGUUUUGAGUUUUAAAGAAUGAGAAUGGGAUCUAUGAUCGAUAUAUGGUUGAGCAAAAGGAGGGGAAUUGGUGUGGCAACUUCUAUUGAUGGAAGAAGAUCAAGGAAGAAAAACUAGAAAAUGGAAGAAGAUCGAGGAAUUUUAGUAAUAGAAGAAUUUUAGGUGG